AUGAUCGACAACUUCACCGAUGCCCAGCUACAGUCCAACCAGAUCUCGAGCACGGUGCUGGAUUCGCCGUACAGCUAUGAUUACAACACUGGUCAGUACAUUGACAACCGACAGUACUACAACAACUGGCCCACGGAUUACUACGGUAAUCGGACCGAUCCCAACAAAAUGCUGGGACGAAACGAGGAGAUUCCUGAUACUACCACUCGACCCGGCAGCAAUAGCAGUAAUUCUGCGUUUAGUCCUAGCAUACCGGAUCCGACGAAAACGCCAACUCCUAUCCAUCUAGACGACUACAGUACCACCAAACUGAACCAACAGCAAAGCCAAAAUACGUACCACACGCUCCAGCAGCCGGAGCAAGGUUUUGUAAAACCGAAACCACCAGACUACAAUCCUGGCUACGGUUACCACCCAAAUACUCCCAUGGGCUACGGUUACCAUUCUCCUUACACGCCAUAUGAUCCGUACCAGAACUACAACUACGGCUACCCCCCUCAAACCUACCACCCUACAUAUCACAACAUGUACUCUGCCACGCAGACCCAGCUACCAGGAACUGGCCCGGCGCCGCCACCUCCACCAACUGCAGUCAUACCGGCACCUCCUCCCCCAUCCAACUGGAACCUUUACCCACCCCAUCCGCACCAUCAAACCCACAUCCCGCCCAGCGCUCCAUCCCAGCUACACACGCCACAUCAACCCCAUCUAGGUUCCAAGCAGCACGACAUUCCUCCGGUUAUGCAGCAAGCGCCACAGCCGCCUGCACCUCCACCACCACCGAAGGAAACUCUCGGCGAAGUCACGGAAACCAACGAAAACGUGGACUGCUUCGAGGACGCCCAGAUGGGUGGAGUGGCGAUCGCGCUCCCGCACGGUAGCGUUGUGAUCGAGUGCGCCAAACUGGAGAUGCACUCGACGACAGCGCUGAAGAAGCCGAACCGCUUGAACCCGACCCGGAUGACGCUGAUCUUCUACCAGCAUCGGAAUCUGAACCGACCGAAGCACGGCAUUGCCGAGUGGGCGGAGAAGAUGCGGCUGAAGAAGCUCGGCCUGGCCGUCAACGAUCCGAUCGACGACAAGGACAUGCUGCUGAUGCAGGAGGACGACAUCAAGGCGGAACCGCUGGACGAUUUGCACCAUAUGCGGCAUAUGGGUGAUGAACACGACAUGAUGGACGUUGAAUACUCGGGUGUCUAGUGGUGAGAGAAAAUCUGCCGCCAGGGCGACCGCUGGAUGAGCAGAUUACAGCAACACGUGGCCACAGCAACAACCAAACGACGACGCCCGGCUUUGCGACGUCGCCGUCGUCGGGGUCAUUGACACCGCAGCCGCCUCUGCAGGCGAGUAGUGGAGUGCCCGGUUCCAGCCGAGGGACGGCGUUCCACCACCAGCAGACGCAGCUGCCGCAUCAGUGGCUCCCUACCACUGCGGGGCUUCAGAGCCAACCGCAUGAAAGACAUCAUGAUCCUAACCAAUACUACUACUAUUACUACUACUGAAGACUAUAAUAUUUCGAGGAGGAUGUGAAGGAGUAUAUAUCAAUCGAUGCUAGUGACUACAUAAGGUUUAGGGUUUGGAACACUCAAUGAGGAACACUAAUCAUACGUACGCUCCAGUUUACUGGGGACUCGAAACGAGGAACUAUAAACGUAAACAAAAUGUUUGAAAUUUUAUUUUCGAUGGUUUGACAGGAGUUUUAUCGUGAUAAGCAUUUGAGAUAUGUUUCGCAACACAUUCAACUGCUCAAAUCUAUUCUUGGAUUGUUUCUGUUUGGAUGUCGGAAUCUGAAAAUCUUUCGAAAAAAGUCCGUUUCUGUUUGUCUUUUCGAAGAAUGAAACAAUAACAACAACAACAAACGCACCUUCAGGCACACACUAAAGAAAACAUAGGAAAAAGAUAUCAAAACUAGCUUUUGAACAAAAAAUCAAAUAUUUUGAAAACAAGAAAUAGCAAAUUUAAAGUAAAGAAGAAAAUAAUCUAUAUCGAAGUCAAGAGUACAAAACAAACAAGUUGUUAACACAAAAAAAGAAUCUGACUGUUCCAUUUUGACUAUUAUUUUGAAAUCCAACGUUUCUCGUCGAAAAAACAUGUAUGGACCACUUAACUCCUGCAUUAAUCUCCUCGAUUUUUUGCUGCUUAUCGUAAAUUUAAAACAAACAAAAAAACUGAUGACAAAACAAACGUGAAAAAUGCUCUCGCUCUAGAAUUUUUCACUGGGAGAACAAAGUUCCCCCAGCACAACUACUAACUACUACGCUCUUUAGCUCCAAUUUGCUGACUUUGCUUAUCGAAAAUCGUAUGAGAUAUAUCACACAAACGUUUGCUGAUAACAAACUAGCUGUUAUAGAUUUUUUUUUUCUUUUGUAAAUACGAUUCUUCGUUUGAAUGCGAACUCCACUACGGAAUCGGCAAAAUGUCUCGUUUUAUCAAAGUUUUCUUUCUUUUUUCUUCCUAUUAAGUAAGAAAUCGAUUCCACUAUACUUUCUUUAGGUUAAAAUAAUUCCUAUUCCAGUCUUUUAUUUUCCUGUGAAAGUCUAGUAGGAUAAGUGAAUGCCCAGCUAGGCAUGAGGAAUGCACAUAUACAAUACACACACAUUCAAAGGGAAGACAAAAAUUUCAAAGAUGAAAAAGUAUUAGUAUUUUAACUUAGAAUCUAGGUCUUGUUUUUUAUUUUAUUUUUCCUGUAUUUUUUGUAAUAGCUUGUUAAGUAGGCUUUUUCUCUGUAAAAUCUCUUUAACAUUAAAUUCGUUUUUACUAUUGAAUAUUAUUCUUCUAAACUGAUGAAGUGAAACAAGUAAAAGACAGUGAAAGGACAACCGUAACUCGAAUCAGUUUUAUCAAAUAAAAGAACUGAAGAAAAAUGUAACCGAUCAUUUAUGUUAGGAU